AUGGGGGAGAAAGGGGCCAUGUGGGAGAAAGGGGUCACUGGAGAGAGAGGGGAGAAGAACAAGCCUGCUGCCUACUGCACCCUGUAUUCUGAGAGCAAGUUUGUCUUUGAAGUCCAGCUAUCCAGCUUUGUCCUGAAGACGCUCCACACUUUCCAGUCUUGGAGUGAGGAAUGGGAAGAGACUCAGCUGCUGCUGGGGAGGCAGAGGCCAGGCAAGGUUUUAGAUGAUACACUGGAGGUCUUUACAUAUGACCUGAUGAUACCAGAGAGGAUGAGAAAACAGUUGGAGGGUCCUGACCCCUAUGCUCCUUUGAUCCUAGGGAAGCCCUCCCAGUCUCCUAACAUCAGCUGGCCCCCAAAUCAGAAUAGGAGUAACGUGGAGGCUGCUCCGGCUGUGAACCUCACCUUCUCCUCCUACUACCAGCACUCUUCGCCAGUGGCAGCCAUGUUUAUUGUGGCCUACGUGCUCAUCUUCCUCCUCUGCAUGGUGGGCAACGCCCUGGUCUGCUUCAUCGUGCUGAAGAACCGGCACAUGCGCACCGUCACCAACAUGUUCAUCCUCAACCUGGCCGUCAGUGACCUGCUGGUGGGCAUCUUCUGCAUGCCCACCACCCUUGUGGACAACCUCAUCACUGGGUGGCCCUUCGACAAUGCCACAUGCAAGAUGAGUGGCUUGGUGCAGGGCAUGUCUGUUUCAGCUUCUGUGUUCACGCUGGUGGCCAUUGCUGUGGAAAGGUUCCGCUGCAUCGUGCACCCUUUCCGCGAGAAGCUGACUCGGCGGAAGGCGCUGGUCACCAUCGCGGUCAUCUGGGCCCUGGCGCUGCUCAUCAUGUGUCCCUCGGCGGUCACGCUGACCGUCACGCGCGAGGAGCACCACUUCAUGGUGGACGCCCGCAACCGCUCUUACCCGCUCUACUCGUGCUGGGAGGCCUGGCCCGAGAAGGGCAUGCGCAAGGUCUACACCGCCGUGCUCUUCUCGCACAUCUACCUGGCGCCCCUGGCGCUCAUCGUGGUCCUGUACGCGCGCAUUGCCCGCAAGCUGUACCAGGCGGCGGGCCCGGCGCGCGGCGGCGCGGAGGCCGGGGAGGGCGGGCGCGCGGCCCGGCGAAAGGCGCGCGUGGUGCACAUGCUGGUCAUGGUGGCGCUGUUCUUCACGCUCUCCUGGCUGCCGCUCUGGGCGCUGCUGCUGCUCAUCGACUACGGGCGGCUCAGCGCGCCGCAGCUGCACCUGGUCAGCGUCUACGCCUUCCCCUUCGCCCACUGGCUGGCCUUCUUCAACAGCAGCGCCAACCCCAUCAUCUACGGCUACUUCAACGAGACCUUCCGACGCGGCUUCCAGGCCGCCUUCCGUGCGCGCCUCUGCCCGCUGCCCUGGGGCAGCCACAGGGAGGCCUAUUCCGAGCGACCCGGCGGGCUCCUGCGCGGGCGGGUCUUCGUGGAGGUGCAGCCCAGCGACUCGGGCCUGCCCUCUGAGUCCGGCCGGAGCAGCGGGGCCCCCAGGCCCGGCCGCCUGCCGCUGCGGAAUGGGCAGGUGGCCCACCGUGGCUUGCCCGGGGAGGGUCCUGGCUGCUCCCAUCUGCCCCUCACCAUACCGGCUUGGGAUAUCUGAGGUGGUCCA